UGCAGCUUGUCUGCUGUCUGUCUGUUGUUUUGUGUGCAUGUAGAGAGUGAGUGAGUGGAAGCGGAGAAACAAAAGAACCACUUUGUGUGUGUGAGAGAGACUGCAUGUUGUAAUGUGACCAAUCUAGGUACUGCCUUUCAUCAUUUGCACUUAUGAAACAAGAGGUAUUUAUUUUUAUUUAUCCGAAAGUAGCCAGUCUGUUGAGCCAAAGCAAUAUCUGAAACAGGCGCGGCUUUGUUGGGUUGUCAAAACCAAGAGUUUGUUUCUUUGUUGCCUGUUUCAUGUCAUUUAGUCAGCUAGUUUUAGUUCAUUAGAGCUGAGAGAAGAUGUCCACUGACUGCCAGAAGACCACUGCCAAGGCCAUCCCGUCGACCAGGAGGGUGACCAUCAACGACGCGACGCACAUGCCCCACGACUACUCCUCUACCCCGGGAGGGACCCUGUUCAGCACUACCCCGGGUGGUACCAGGAUCAUCUACGACCGAAAGUUCCUGCUGGAGUGUCGCAGCUCUCCAGUGGCCAAGACUCCUCCGCGAGGUCUGCCCAAGAUUCCCGGGGUGACCAGUCCUCCCUCCGGAGACACCAACGAGAAGGCCCGUAAUGGAGAACUACUGAACAACAACAACAUCCCUGCACCUGAAAGCAGCAACACUGGUGAUGACGCACAGUUUGAAAUGGACAUCUAGGUUGUCCUGGAACAAGUAUUAAAGUCAGACUUACCAACAAGAUGCUGUGAAGAGAAGCUCAGGAGCACCUUCUCUUUUCCCAUCAUCCAUACCAUGAGGAUGGAGGUUCGCCUUCAGUGUCUCCAGUGUCUUAGUGUUUUUAAAGUCUGUCUUUAUCAAUCUCAUUUGCUUGUUUUGUCCAGAACAAAUCUGUAAUGAAACUUUUUUCUGUCUGCCUCAAGGCUUAAACCUGAUUUAUGUGUGACAAAGUGUGCCUUCCUGUAGUGGCUACAAGUUUAAAAUCAACACUGAGUACUUAACACCAACAAAGCCUCAUUCAUAAGAACAGAGAUAAUUGAAAUGAGCUGAAUUUAUAACCAUUCCAGAAGGAUUUGUCACUCGAUGUGCUUUCAUUUCGACACGUCCUGACACCUCUCUUCAGAUAUUGCUUUGAAAUGUUCAAGAUACUGUAUAAUUUGUUUUUCCCGAAGUGUCAUACAGAGAAUGUAAAAACAAUUUUUUUGAUCAAAUUUUUUGGAACAGAUUUUCACACAGUUUGUAUGGUGACAAAGCAUUAAAGCAAUUCUGUGCUCCUA